AAUGCAAAAGUUACAUCAUACAUUAAGCGAAAUUAUACAUUAUAUAAGAGAUAAUGCUGUUUUAUGACGACUUUGGAGAAAAAUAGAAAAUUUUAAUUAAGAGUAUUGAUCAUCUAAUAUCCAUAUAAUCUGUGCCAUCUAUUAAUGAACACCCCAGGCCAUCCUGAAAUCAAUGAGUGAAGACGAUAACAGCUAUAUGAAAGACGCGUUCAAGAAGCAGCCACAUUGAGCUUUAUUGUAAAAAUGUUUUCUUUCAACUCAAGCGAGCUUCAUGUUGCUUGGUGUGGUCUAGCAUCGUACCUUACAUCAACACCAACAACCAAUAUCAUUACGGCAAAUACAGUCGUCAUUAUCGUCGACAUGUUUUUGGCUGUAUUUACUGUCGUUGUAAACGGUCUAUUCAUUUCAACUUAUUUCAACAAUCGCAAUCUACAGAAUACAUCUAACAUGCUUCUGGUAACCUUAGCUGUCAGUGAUAUUCUUGUUGGAGGACUGGCACUACCGCUGGCAAUAACACGCGCAACAAUGGAGAUACUGGAAACCUUCAAUUGUACAUUAUUCAACUUAAGUCGUCUCGUAUACAUUUUCUGCAGUGGUUUAUCAUUUCUCACAAUAAUACUAAUAACGUACGACCGUUAUAUCGCCAUAUACUAUCCAUUACGUUAUCAUUUGUUAAUGAGCAAACGAAAUACAAAGAUCUGUUUAAUUGCUUGCGGUAUACUAGUGAUUGGAUUGCUCCUUUGCCGCGUGUAUCUGUCAUUAGAAAGAUUCUUUUUAAUCAUUUGCAGUCUAACAUUCUUCACAACUCUCUCUGCUUUACUCGUCUACACAAAGAUACUACUCGCAGCUAGGAGGCACAAUCUUCAGAUUCAAAAUAUGACGGGGUCGUUCAAAUCUUCCCGUCAGAUCAUCGCGUUUCGCGAAAUCAAAACGACGAAAGUAAUGGUUUAUAUAUUGGGAGCGAUGAUCUUGUGUUACUACCCCGGGACGUGUUUUUGGAUUUACAGCGCCUUCCACGGUUACACAUUGGAGAGUCUGUACACUAUCGUCCCGUAUAUGGAGUCGGCUGUUUUCCUAAACUCAGCCAUCAAUCCACUUACGUACUUACUGCGCAACCGCAAUAUACGUUGCGCAUUUUCGAAACACCUGCACGAGCUGUUUUAUAAACAUACACUUUAAAUGAAUGUAAGGGGAUAAUUAUUAUAUGAAAUCUAUUAUAAAGAAAGAAUUAAUAAAUUGAAACAUUAAAAAUUUA